AACACUUCAACUUUUCACUGUUAGGAGAGAGUCUGCUCUCGUCUUUUGGUCAUUAUAUCUGUAUAUUUAAAGUCAGUCCUGGUGCGCGAUCGACCUGGACACCCUGUGCAGAGAUUUUACUGCCCGAAACAGGCUCGUGCACUCGCCGCGAAAGAGCCGUACAUCCAAAGAAGUGCCCCAACACGAAUUUGUCUUGGUGGCCCACCUGCCAUGCAUUAGGGCGGUCAAUACACCUGGAGAAUAACACACUUCGCAGAAGGAAUGAAGUUUGAAGUUCGAAUGUGCGGGGCAAUGCGGACAACAGGCCUAACAGAACUCAAGAGCCUCAGGUUUCUUCUAUGUCUUUCGGUGGCCCUCCUAGCAUCAGGAGUUGACGCAGGCGAUAAGAAGCACAGUGUUCCAUGUGGCGGAAGAGACUGCAGUGGAGGUUGUCAGUGCUUUCCUGAGAAAGGGGCCAGGGGCCAGCCAGGUCCUCUUGGCCCUCUUGGCCCCCAAGGGCCUCCAGGAAGGCUUGGGGAACAGGGACUUCAGGGACCCCAGGGAGAGAAGGGUGACCGGGGCAGAGGAGGCAUCAUUGGUCUCAAGGGUUCUGUGGGGAUGACGGGUGUUCCUGGCUUUUCUGGAUCAGACGGUAUCCCUGGCCACCCGGGACAGGCAGGGCCUCGUGGCAAACCGGGAGCAGAUGGGUGUAACGGAACACACGGUGACCCAGGGUCGCCAGGGACACCAGGCUAUGAUGGCCCGCCCGGGUAUAACGGCCAACCGGGUAGGAAGGGGCAAAAGGGCGACACCCUGGACGUGAAAGUGUUCAUGGAGCGCUUCAGGGGAGAUCGAGGACAGCCUGGGAAUUCUGGAUUAAUAGGGCCUCAAGGUCAUCCAGGUCAGAUCGGUUUCAGAGGACUGCCAGGACCCCAGGGCCCAAAAGGGUUUCCUGGCCCUCCUGGACCAAAGGGCACCAUGACCACAGUGUUGAAGGGAGUCAAAGGAGAGCCGGGUGAAGCUGGAGAGCCUGGCCCCCCAGGGAACUCCACCCAUUCCCAUACCGGACCGAUAAACGGACCCCAGGGUGAAAAGGGUGAGAAAGGGUUGAAAGGUGAAACUGGAUCCCUGGCUGACAACAGAGGAGAGACUGGCAUUAUGGGAAUGCCGGGGCAACGGGGUUUGCCGGGUCAGAAUGGAGAGCAAGGACUCAGGGGAGACCUUGGAGAACCAGGACUGAGGGGCAUAGAUGGACAGAAGGGUGCCAGAGGAGAAGAAGGAGAGCUGAUAUAUGAGGGUUCCUCUGAAGGGCAGGACACAGUUGGUCCCCCGGGUCUUCCUGGCCAGCUGGGUCCCCAGGGUGAAAGGGGUCUUCAGGGGGAGAAAGGUCUGCCCGGACCUGCAGGACGUCCAGCCUUUGAUGACCAACAACAAGUCAUACAACUCUGGGGUGAAUUAGGGGACCGUGGGGUGAGGGGAGAGACGGGCCCACCUGGAGAGCCAGGUAACCCCGCCCUCAGCCCCGGACCUAAAGGAGUCAAAGGCCAGACUGGGUUAUUGGGGCCAUCCGGACCGAAAGGGUCAUGGAAGAACUUCUACAGGGGAUUGCCAGGGUCGAGUGGUCGUCCAGGAUCCGCUGGGAGGAAAGGGCUGAAAGGCGAUCACGGACUGUGCGCGUGCAAAAUUGUCCACUCCCCAUCGGGUCUUCCUGGUCCAGCAGGUGACAGGGGCAUACCUGGAAUGAGUGGCGAGCAAGGUCAGCCGGGCCAAUUAGGAGAGCCCGGUCCCCAAGGUGUCACUGGACUGCCUGGGUUUCCUGGUACCAAAGGACAAACAGGACCUAAGGGCAGGAAAGGCGAGAUAACUCAAGCCACCAGGAGAGGAUCUCCCGGGGACCGGGGGGACCCAGGGUCGUCAGGUGACCCAGGAUUGCAGGGAUUCCCAGGGCCCAGUGGAAUCCAUGGACUCCCCGGGAACCGCGGACCUCCAGGGGACGCACCAGCACAUCUCGCCGGUGAAAAGGGUUAUCCGGGCCGGCACGGAAUGCCUGGGUUGUUGGGAGAGAUUGGAGAAUCAGGACGUGUUCUAGGGGCCCCUAAAGGGGUCAAAGGAUUGCCAGGGGAUGAUGGGGAAACGGGAUAUCCUGGCGUGGAAGGUCGAGCUGGAGAUCCAGGAGAGUCUGGCUGCUUCCCGAGUGGAGAUGAAGGACAAAAUUACAUCACAGGUGCUUGUGAUUCCAUACCCGGACAAUCUGGAAUACCAGGACCUCCUGGACCCAAAGGCUUAGAUGGUUUCCUAGGUCUCUCGGGUCAGAAAGGAUCUACAGGCCCAGGUGGAGAUGAGGGUGCCAAAGGAGAGACAGGAGAGCCAGGCAGGGGAGGACAACCAGGACCCCCGGGAUUCCCCGGUCCCCGUGGGGACUAUGGUCAGCAGGGCUCCAAGGGUCAACCUGGGAACCCGGGUGUGCCAGGGCGGCAGGGUGGAGACGGAGAGCUCGGGAAGAAGGGACCACAUGGAGAGAUAUGGGGAGCAUCCACCGGACAACCUGGAGAAGUAGGACUUCCUGGAGAUCAGGGAGCUAAAGGGAUUAUCGGAGAUCCAGGAGUGGAGGGCUACACAGGGAUGGCUGGCAUGCCUGGGAUGAUUGGUUCCAAGGGACCAAUGGGCCCUUCAGGUCUGCAAGGGGAACAGGGAAGACCGGGAACCCCCGGGAAGAAGGGCUGGCCGGGUGUACCUGGCCCCCCUGGGGUUCCUGGACCAACAGGAGAAACAGGACUACCAGGUUUGAGAGGAGGCAGGGGUGAUCAGGGGGACCCUGGCUCUCCGGGCCCCGUAGGAUUGAAGGGGACACCUGGCGAGUUUGGAGAUGUGGGCCCUGAUGGAAAAACUGGAGACCCAGGGGAUCCUGGACACCCAGGACCUACAGGGUUCUCUGGCAUUUCAGGGGUUAAGGGUUUCAAAGGUUCUCAAGGAAUGCCAGGGUUUGAAGGAAUGGCUGGAGAACCCGGCCCGAAGGGCUUCUCCGGUCAGAAAGGAGAAACUGGCAUUUCAGGCGGAUUCGGACCCAAAGGAAAUAUGGGCAACUAUGGUCCAAAGGGUGACCGUGGUCUGACCGGGCCCCCCGGGGAGAAGCCCGACAUCCCUCGUCAGAUCAUCAGUGACAUGAAGGGGGUCAAAGGAGAAGAAGGAGAGACAGGACAAAGCGGAUUCACCGGACCCAGAGGUCCUAAAGGUUUUCCAGGCAUUCCAGGUAUGGAGGGCUACCACGGGAUUCCUGGAGAACCCAGCGAUGCAAAGGGUUUCCCAGGCAACCCAGGGGCACAGGGACUUCCGGGGCCAAAAGGAAUGCCGGGUCCAUCCGGAUCAAAAGGAAUCAGCGGUUUUCCUGGGAUGCCUGGUCCGAGGGGCGACAAAGGUUCUCCGGGUGCAUACGGAUCUACAGGAGAAUCAGGACUGAAGGGUGUCAAAGGUGAAGGAGGUCCUAUUAUCAACAUGCCCGGGGCCACAGGACUGCGAGGAGAGGAUGGCUUCCCUGGCCUUCCAGGUCCAAAGGGCCUCACUGGGACGCCGGGAGACAGGGGCAGUGAGGGUUUCCAUGGUAUUGACGGUAUGAAGGGGGUGACGGGUGAGCCAGGCACAGAAGGACCUGUCGGAUCUGAUGGUUUAGUUGGGUUUCCUGGAAACCAGGGUACGAAGGGUUGGCCUGGGAUCCCCGGGACAACGGGCACGAGUGGAAAUCCAGGUUUCCGAGGAGAGAUAGGUUUUCCUGGACUUAAGGGAAUAUUCGGACUGGAUGGGUUGAAGGGUCACAAAGGAAUCCCUGGACUCCCAGGUCAGGAUCACUGGGGAGCUCCAGGUGACCCUGGAGCUAAGGGACCAAAGGGAGAGCAGGGUAUACCCAACUCAGAGACGGGGUUCCCGGGAUCAGUGGGUUUGAAGGGAGUUCAAGGACAACAAGGUGACGAGGGCCUGAUGGGACCUCCUGGGUUUCAGGGCCCCCAAGGACCACAGGGCACCUCAGACAUCCCUGGACCACCGGGAGACCCUGGCUACCCUGGGAUCAAAGGACUGUCAGGUUUCCCUGGACCACGUGGUUCUGCUGGCAAACACUCUCAGUACGGUGAGAAAGGUGUAGUUGGCCAGUCUGGUUUCCCUGGUCUCCCUGGUCUGAAAGGAAAUCAGGGUGAACAGGGACCCCCAGGAAUCAGGGGAGAGAGUGGAGUGUCCGGGAAGAAAGGUGUUAAGGGAGAGCAAGGAAUGAUGGGAUUUCCUGGAAAGCCUGGUUUCCAAGGAGACCGAGGUCCUUCCGGGCUAAAAGGAAAUAUUGGACCCACAGGUUAUCCGGGACUCCCUGGCAGCCAGGGCCCGGCCCCACCGCCCUCCAGGAUCCCAGGAGAGAGGGGCACUAAUGGGCCUCAGGGCAUCAUAGGACCAGAAGGGGUACGAGGGGAGACUGGGCCAAAAGGACAGCCUGGAGCUCCAGGCUACCAGGGUCCCAAGGGGCAGAAGGGAAUGCCUGGGGUGGGUGGCAGACCAGGUACCCCCGGGUACCGUGGCAACACUGGAGAGAGGGGCCACCUUGGACUGCAGGGCACGGAAGGUCUCCAUGGUAACCCUGGCACCAGGGGGUUGCCAGGCAUGCCUGGGCGGAGCGUGAGUGUGGGCUACCUGCUGGUCAAGCACAGCCAGUCCGAGCAGUCGCCCAUGUGUCCUGUGGGAAUGGCCCAGCUUUGGGAAGGCUACAGCUUGUUGUACCUCGAAGGCCAGGAGAAGGCCCACAACCAGGACUUAGGUCUGGCUGGCUCGUGCCUCCCUCGUUUCAACACCAUGCCCUUCAUGUACUGCAACCCUGGGGACGUCUGUUACUAUGCCAGCCGCAACGACAAGUCCUUCUGGCUGUCCACCACGGCGCCCCUACCCAUGAUGCCAGUGGAGGAGGAGGACAUCAGGCCCUACAUAAGCCGCUGCUCCGUGUGUGAGGCGCCGUCCGUGGCCAUUGCCGUGCAUAGCCAGGACAUCACCAUCCCACAAUGCCCUGCGGGCUGGCGGAGUAUGUGGAUCGGAUACUCCUUCCUCAUGCACACGGCUGCAGGUGACGAAGGCGGCGGCCAGUCUCUUUCAUCCCCCGGCUCCUGUCUGGAGGACUUCCGUACCACGCCCUUCAUCGAGUGCAACGGGGCCAAGGGCACAUGCCACUACUUUGCCAACAAGCACAGCUUCUGGCUCACCACCAUAGAAAGGUCCUUCCAGGAAAGUCCGGUCGCCGAGACCCUGAAAGCUGGCCAGCUCCUCUCACGCAUCAGCCGCUGUCAGGUCUGCAUGAAGAACCUGUGACCUGGCUCAACCUAAGUGCCCUUUGACCCUGUGAUGUCGUCUUCAGUGACAUACACCCUGCCAAGUACAAUUCAGGUAGCAGAUGAUUUUGGCCUUAUGCACAGGUUUAGGGUCAGCUUAGCCCUCCCAAAUUGCUAACAUUAGCCAAAAGGGGAAUAUAAAAUGGACCUUAGAUUGGCUCUAAAGGGCCAUUUCACCUUGCUCCCCAGAACCCCAAACACUGGCUUGUGAGGACUGAAAGAAUGGUUGAAUGCUUAAAGUGGAGAGCAAGUGUCCUGUAUUGAUAAGCAAAUAAGAAAAAGAAAAACUUGCUAUAAUUCAACAGCAAUACACAUGUAAAUGUUCCUUUUAAUUGUUUGAUAUGGUGCUUUCUCUCUAACUUAUUACCUCAGCUAUGUUACACACCAAACGUUUAACUUACAUACCAAGAACAUACAGCUGAAACAACCAAAGACGCCUGUGCAUGCAGUUAUUAAUCUAAACAUUGAACACAUUGAUUGAUUGUGCAUUGCUUCAGUUAUAUAUAUAUAUAUUAUAUAUUUUUUUUGUGCGUUUGUUUUAUUAUUUAGGUAGAAGUUCUAUGCCAAUGACACUAUAUUCACAUUAACCCUCGACCAGUUGUAAAUUAUGAGGUUUGGUUCUGCGAUUUACGAAGGGCUUAUUUCAAUCAACACUGUGUUGUAGUAUUUACAAAGUUUAUAUUUUUCCAAUGGUCAAAUUACCUUUCAGACUGCUCCUGGGUACUUAAUAAAAACACAACUACUAACAGGGCGACUCCCCGACCCAUCUCACCGAUUUGCUUUCACUUUUUAAAGACACUGCAUAAACAUUGAGAUCGCAAGGUUUGAAGGAAUCCCAGCCGAAAUGCUCUUAACAUUCAGUAUUUAUCUGCUUUACAUCGAGUGUUCUUCUCACUUGACAUGCAUUCUUUGAGGCCCCACUGUGCAAACUGACAUUUCUUUGUUGAGAAUAUAUUACCUGUCUGUGUAUCAAUACAUUUUACAGCUCUUCCCCAAUCAGAAAUGUACAUUGUUUUGGUCACACAAAAUGCACUGAUUUACUUUUGUAUAUUUAUAACCGCUGAAUAAACUUGAUUUUUUAUUUUGCUUUUAUUUGUUAACCUAUGGAACUCCAAAACUUUGACACUACCAGUAUGCAUUUCUACAGGCUAAUCAUAUGAAGCCAGC